CUAUGGUCUAUGGAUGAAUACGGAAUACGCCCGAAGCUGCGCCGCAAUCCAUAGAGGUCGAUUGAGAGGAACAACUAUACAAUUGAUUGCUAUUCAAUAUAUAUGUCCCACAGAUGCUAACAUCUUCAAUUUCGUUUUGCGGCGUGGUGCCUCUCUUCCUCUAUGGGGUUUGUACUGGAAGAACAAUUUUCAAUUUACGACCGAAUCCUGUUGGCACAACGUAUCCCACCGCGAAAUGCUCCUUGCUAUUGUUUAUGCGGGCAGUGGAGCUAGAACUCUACAAAUGUUGGAGGAAGAUACAUAACAUGCAAGGUAUGAGAUUCUCACGGCAGAAUUAGGGAGACCGCACCCUCAAUGUGACAAGGUGAAUAUAUUCCACUCGAUGGGGUGGAUUGUGGCUCCCAAUCGCUUUCUCUCCCCAGCAGUUGUUCUCAAU